CCGGCAGAUGUGGCCCUCUCCUGCGGGCCGGUGAGGAGCACCGACCCCGGGGUUCCUGCGCGCACUCUCUCCUCGGCUGCGCGUCUGUGCGCGGCUGGUGCGCAGGUGAUGGACGCGUCUCUGUGCCGCCCAGCAGGGAUGCUGGGCUCCCCCCCGGCGGCCCAGAGCCAGCCCGCGGGCACAGACAUGCUCCCCUCCGGCGGCGGCAGCACCAAGCCCCUCGCUUUCUCCAUCGACCGGAUUAUGGCCAGGACGCCCGAGCCCUGCAGGUCGAUACCGGCGCUCCCCGGCUGGUUCCAGCCCGCUCCCGCGGGGAAGCCGGACGCCUGCCCGUCCCCGCUGCAGUGCAUGAUCCCUCUGGUGCCGCUCGGGUACGAGCCGGGCCACCGGCUCUGCGUCACCGGGCUGGACCCGCACUUGGACGCCUCCACCCCUCCGGCUCCGACGGACAUUUUCGGCUUUGGGUUCAACUACACGAGCCAGCAGGACGAGUGCGGGCUGAGCCAGAGCGCCGGCCAGUAUAAACUGUUCAGACCUCGGGUGGUGAACCAGUCCUCCUUCCCCGCCGUGUGCUACCUGAACCGCGGCGCGGAGCCCGGGGGCGCAUGCGCGCCGCCGGCCGGGCUGCUCAACCUGCACCCGAUGGCCUCGUACCUGCUGUCGGCCCGACACAAGGCCCUGCUGCAGCAGGAGAGGGGCAAGCCGGGGCCGGGGCCGGGGCUGCAGCCGGGGGGGUCCGGGGCGCAGGCCUUCAGGGAACUGUCCCACAGCCAGAUCCAGCACUACAUGAAGGAGAGGGAGCACAUCCUCACCGACAAGAUCUUCAAGGAGUCGGCGGCGGCCGCGGCCGCGGCGGCGGCGGCGGCCACCGCCCGGAUCAGCGGCUCCUGCCCCGGCAGCAAGCCCAAGGUGUUCACCUGCGAGGUCUGCGGAAAGGUGUUUAACGCGCACUACAACCUGACCCGCCACAUGCCCGUGCACACGGGCGCGCGGCCGUUCGUGUGUAAAGUGUGCGGGAAGGGAUUCCGGCAGGCGAGCACGCUCUGCAGACACAAAAUCAUCCACACUCAGGAAAAACCUCACAAGUGUAACCAGUGUGGGAAAGCCUUUAACCGGAGCUCCACCCUCAACACUCACACCCGCAUCCACGCCGGAUACAAACCGUUUGUGUGCGAGUUUUGUGGGAAAGGAUUUCAUCAGAAAGGAAACUAUAAAAACCACAAGCUGACACACAGUGGGGAAAAGCAGUUCAAAUGCUCCAUCUGCAGCAAGGCGUUCCACCAGGUGUACAACCUCACCUUCCAUAUGCACACGCACAACGACAAGAAGCCCUUCACCUGCCCCACCUGCGGGAAGGGCUUCUGCAGGAACUUUGACCUGAAGAAACAUGUCAGGAAGCUGCACGACCCUGUGGGAGGACAAUCACCGCCGCAGCCCUGAGAGCCCCAUCUCUGACUCUGUCUCCGUCCCAGUUCACCAAAAAGUUGUCUUUGGAAGUGUGUGACCUCCAUCACGGGAAACUCAGCCCCGGUCCUCAGGGACAAGAGUUUCAUAAAGCUGUAACUGUCAUUUUUGUGCACUUUCUUUGUUCAUGUAAGUGCUCUAUUCAUUAUUAGUUGGCAGUGUAAAAUAUUCAACCCAUUCUAAUCUAUGUAGUGUUUUUGUUCCCUCAGGCUUUACUCUGGAAUCUCUCGCACAUAUUUUGACCUACUAGAGGCCUAAUCUUGUAAAAAAAAAUCAUUUUUUCUUAAUGUCAACAAAUUGCAUAGAAAUAAACUUAAAUGGCAGCAUAAACUGUGGCUUAACCUUAUAUCAAAAAUGCUC